AUGGCCAUUCCCAGCCCUCUAGAAUGGUCAUUAGCUUCAAUCAGUAGUGAAAAAAGAUCCAACUUUUUGGUCUCUAAUCAAAAUUCCCAUGAACCUUAUAGGAAUCAUGCGAAUCUUUCUUUCCUCUGUUACAGUUCCAAGGCUCCAGUGUGUUCUCCGGUUCAAGAUGAUGCAUCAUUCACCACUACCAGUGGACAACUGGUUGAAUUGGGCUUGAAAAUUGAGGAUUUUAGUCAAGUUUCCGGCUUACGAGAUGCCGAAGAUAUCAAUGGCGUCAUCUGUGUUUUGUUUGAAGAUCCCAAAACCGAAGCAUUAGCUUAUGAACACUACCAGAAGGCCAAAGAAAUGCCAGGUUUUAAGCCCAAGGAUUUGACUCUGAAUUUUGUUGUAAGGUACUUGAUUCACUCGAAAAACUGGGUUCUACUAUAUUCACUCUGUGAUGAUUUUAAAACGUUUCAAGUUUUACCUGAUGGUUCCACAAGCUUUAGACUAAUCAGUAGCUGCAUUAGAGCUAGGAAAUUCAAACUUGCACAUACAUUUCUUGAGAUUUUUUGCACUGAUGAAAAGAAUGCUUGUUUGGCCUUCGACGCUGCCAUGAAAGAGUACAAUAAAUUGCACAUGUAUAGCAGUACAAUCACUUUGUACGAACGAAUGAAAUCGAAUGGGAUUGAAUUAGACUCGGGAUGUUAUUGCCGCAUAAUGGAGGCCUUGAUGAAAGUGAAGAAGUAUGAUAAUGUGGUUAUGGUUUUUGAGGAAUUUGAAAGAAAAGAGAUAAUGCAUGGACCAUUCAAUCAGAAGAUUUACUGGAUGUUGUGUGAGUCAUUGGGGAAAACUGGGAAGCCUUUUCAAGCUCUGGAAUACUUCAGAGAAUUUACUAGUAAUAAUGGAGCUGAAGCAAAUCAUUCAUUUUACUCCUCUCUAAUUUCUUCAUUUGUUAGCAUCAAAGAGGUGAAAAUAGCUGAAGAGCUCUUAGAAGAAGCCGAGAACAAGAACAUGUUGAGGGAUCCUGCUCUAUUUUUGAAUCUUGUGUUGAUGUAUAUUGAAGAUGGCUUCCUUGAAAAAUCUCUUGAUGUGAUUGCUAAGAUGAAACGCUCAAAAAUCAGAGCUUCAGAUUGCAUAUUGUGUGCAAUUGUGAAUGGUUUUUCUAGGAGAAGAGGGCUACAUUCUGCAGUACAAGUAUAUGAGCAUCUGAUAAUGCAGAGCUGUGAACCUGGCCAAGUGACAUAUGCUUCAAUUCUAAAUAUUUACUGCAAGCUUGGGAUGUAUUCUAAGGCAGAGAUGAUCUUCGCCGAAAUGGAGGAAAAGGGCUUCAAAAAAUGUGUUGUGGCUUACUCUAGUAUGGUUGCAAUGUACGGUAAAACUGGCAGGGUUGCUGAUGCAACAAGGCUUGUGGCAAAAAUGAAGGAAAGAGGCUGUCAACCUAAUGUUUGGAUUUACAAUGCUCUUCUAGACAUGCAUGGAAGAGCUCUAAACUUGAGGCAAGUUGAGAAAGUGUGGAAGGAGAUGGCCCGAAGGAAGAUUUCGCCAGAUCGGGUGUCUUAUACGAGUAUCAUAAGUUCUUAUAACAGAGCAAAGGAGUAUGAACCGUGUAUCCGGUACUUCCAUGAGUUCCGUCUCAACGGGGGAGCGAUUGACAAAGCAAUGGCUGGCAUCAUGGUUGCUGUUUUGUCUAAAAUGAAUAGAAUAGAUGAGCUUGUUAAGCUCCUGCAGGAUAUGAAGGCAGAAGGCACUAAAUUAGAUGUUAGGCUUUACAAGUCAGCUUUAGAUGCUUUCAAGGAUUCUGGACUGCAUAAUCAAGCUAAGUGGCUUCAGGAAAGCUUUGCAGAAGCAAAACCUUCUUAA